CAGAGCAGCAGCGGGGGAGGAGACUUGCACACUGGCAAUGAUGUUUUAAAAUACCUUGACAACUAUGCUGGAUAGCGGUGACUUUUCAGGUUUGACCAACCAAUUUGUCUUUAUUUCUUGUGGCACCCAAUACGUUUAAACGAUGGAUAUGUAUGCUUUUGAGUUGGUUUUCUUUUCACACUGAUGAGAAAGUGAAAGGGAGAAAAGAAGAAUGUCUUACCAAAAUUAACAAGGAUCUGUAUGGAGCAGACACUGUCUAUAUGGGGAUGAACAAAGCUAUACUUCUGACUGCAAAUAUACAGUAGUGGCUGACUAACAUGGCUGACUAACUACCUGCCACAGAUUCUCUUCAUGGAUAACAGAGGAAGACGACAAAGGAAACACAAAAUUAAACCUAAUUAAUCAUCAACAAAGACAUUAAACGUCAAGAAAAACCAACCCACCACCUUUGUUCCAUCACUUUGACUUCCAGUGCAUGUGGCCCUGAAGUAGUCUUAAGAGAGGAGGCUGGGAACGCAUAGGCCUACCACUAUGCACUGUAAACAGAGAGGCUGGGACUGUGGAGGUGUGGGGAGAACCAGGCCUCCUCCAGGCAGAACUAUCCCCCUGGUGCUGGGGCUCCUGGUGGCUCUGGUCCAGGGCACUGUACCUGGGGGACCGGUAGUGGAGGGCCUGGGGGAGAUGGUGUUGGUGGACCUGGAAGCAUCCAUGCACUCCUCGGUCCUCUCCGACUUGCAGGCUCCAGCCUCUGUCACAGAGGGACCUCCCACGGGUAUCCCAGAAUCCCUGCCUGUGGUCACAGAGGUGGCCCCCGCAGGCAUCCCAGACUCUUCGGCGGUGGUGGGCCACGGGUUCCAGUUGAGGAUUCCGCCCAGGGUGACGAAUGGCAGUUGUAAUGUUCAGUUAACUGAGGUGGGAAAGGACAGCUUGCCCUCCUGGCUGCACUGGGACACCGGGAGCUGCAUCCUACAAGGCCUGGCCCUGGAGCAGGACAAAGGUGUCCACCAUAUCUCCCGCUCAGAGAUAAACAGUGGCCAUGGCCUGGAGGCCUUCUCUAUUGAGGUGCACCCAGAAGAGCGAGCCGACACUGAACCGGCCCUGUUGGCCCUCCAGGCUGAGAGCAACAACCUCCAGCCCUUCACCUGCGGCAACGAGGAGCCCGUCACUGUCCUCACCAUAAUCCUGGAUGCCGACCUCACCAAGAUGGACGCCCAGCAGAGGGUGGGCCUGCUGGCCAGCAUGAAGAAGUUUUCCGGUGUCCCUCUGGAGCACAUGAGGGUGGUCCCCGUCGUCAACAACCGCCUGUUUGACAUGUCCGCCUUCAUGGCCGGGCCCGGAAAUGCCAAGAAGGUGGUGGAGAAUGGGGCCUUGUUGUCAUGGAAGCUUGGCUGCGCCCUCGACCAGUCCAACAUUCCGAAUAUCAACAGCGUCCAAUCGCCUGCCAAGGACGGGUCCAUGUCGUCCAAAUUAGGCUACCCAGUGGUGGGCUGGCACAUCGUCAACAAGAAGCCCCACUUGGUGAAACGGGUCAGGAGGCAGCUGGGAAACACCCCCACCCCUGUGCCCUCCCUGCUCCCCCCAACCACUCACCCCGAGCCCCCUACUCGCAUCGUUCCCACCCCCACAUCCCCUUUCAUCUCCCUAGCCACUGACAGCUCUGUCCCCCCUGUCCGUGGCCCCUUGCCCUUGCCGGUGAAGCCCACGAUCAGGCUAAGAGAUCAGAUUGCCCACACUCCUACUAUAGGGGUUCCUCAGCCCACUAGGAUCCUGGGCACCACCAGUACCAUCCCCAUACAGCCUACUAUUACCCGGCCUGCUAUUCCAGAGGCUACUGCUCUGCCCACCCCACCAAGCACCACUAGAAGGCCCAAGACCUCCACCACCAAGAAAACCAAGAAGCCCAAGACCUCCACUCCAGUGCCUAGGGAACCUAAGACCACGACUAAGCCACCCAGACGCACCAGCCAUCUGUCUCCGGUUCCUGACUACAACAACGAGAAGCCCCAGCUACGCAACCCCAUCGACGAGGUGAACGCCUGGGUCGGGACCUACUUUGAGGUGAAGGUUCCUCCAGAUACCUUCUUCGACAAAGAGGAUGGCACCACGGACAAGCUGCGUCUGACUCUGAGGAAGAACCACAACGAGGUGGUGAGCGAGACCUCCUGGAUCCAGUUCAACAGCACCAUCCAGCUCCUGUACGGUCUCCCAGAGAAAGAACACAUGGGCAAACACGAGUACUUCAUGCUGGCCACCGACAAGGCAGGCAUGAGCACCAUAGACGCCUUUGAGGUCCAUGUCAACCAUUUGUCAGUCAAUGACAAACCCUCUGUUGUUUUUGCUGCCCGUUUCCACGGUGAACCCAAGACACUGACCAACGACGUCCACAAGAAGAUCCUCCUGACUAAGAAGUUGGCGUAUGCACUGGGCGACCGGAACACCAGCACAGUGACCCUGCGGAGUAUCACCAAGGGCUCCAUUGUGGUGGAGUGGACCAACAACAGCCUCCAGCAGAGCCCCUGUCCCAAGGACCAGAUCACCGUCCUCAGCAGAAAGAUCUCCGACCCCCAGGGCAGGCCCACUCUGGCGUUCUCCAAUGCCAUGGAGCCAGACUUCAAACCCAUCAACAUCUCAGUUCGCGGCACCAACAAGUGCCAUACCUACACGUUUGUGCCCCCAGGAGAAAAGAUCAUCCUUGUUCCCCCUCCAGCCACUCCUUCCCCUGGCACGGGUCGUAGCACCAGUGACGAUGUCUACCUGCACACGGUCAUCCCGGCUGUGGUGGUGGCGGCACUACUGCUGAUCGCCGGCGUCAUCUCAAUGGUCUGCUACCGCAAGAAGCGCAAGGGCAAGAUGACCAUUGAGGAGCAGGCCACCUUCAUCAAGAAAGGUGUGCCCAUAAUCUUUGCAGAUGAGUUAGACGACUCCAAGUCCCCCCCGUCCUCCAGUAUUCCCCUAAUCCUGCAGGAGGAGAAGCCGCCCCUGCCCCCUCCGGAGUACCCCAACAUGGCUGGCCCUCACAGCACCCUGCUCAACCAGGAUCUCCUGGAGGAGUACUCCAUCUACCAGGAUGAGGACCCCAACGCACCCCCCUAUCAGCCCCCUCCACCCUUCACUGUUCCCAUUGAGGGGAAAGGGUCACGCCCCAAGAACAUGACAUCAUACAGGUCGCCACCUCCCUACGUGCCUCCCUAACGCUCACAGGAGCCUUGGCUUUGGGAUGGAUGAGAGCGGUUGUUUGUAUGAAAACAAUUUACGGAGGAAUUUUACACACAUACUGUACAAUGAGACAAUGAGAUGACUUCGACAUGGACGGAGUAGGCGACCACUCCUGUAUAAGUGACUACUAUGGAAACGUACUGUAUAAGUCUACUACUGGCACAGGAAAACUGUACAGAAACGGUUUGAAACUCCAGCACUCUUUCUUUUGUUGUCCAUCAUAGUUAUGCUUUCGACUAUUGCUUAAUAAUCUUUUUUUUUUUUUAAUCUGUUCUUGCCAAGAUGAAUAAUUUUAUCUUCGAAGAUGUACUGUUUCUAUUGUGUAGAAAAUAAUGAAAAUGCGGGAGAGACUGGAGGCUGCAGAGGCCUUGGAUCAGAAGUCACCAUGACAACAGACUAGGAGGCUGUCAUUCACAAAGUGAAUCUUUAUACCAAUUACAGUAUAUUGCUUUUAUCUUUCUUUGGGCUAGAUCUACUAAGAUUUUGCAGCUGUUAUUUUUAGAAGGGAGUCUAAGACAAAAAGGCAAACUAAAAGCAUGAAACCAUCUUUUAUUUACAUCAUAACCUUUACAUUUGUAUUAUUCUCUUAAUCUCUAGCCACGUUUCCAUCCACAUUUAAUUUUUUUCUCUGAGUAAAGUCGUAAAGUCAUACCGUAUAAAUAAAAUAAAAAAAUCACAACAGCUGGGGUGGAAACAGGUAGUUUCGGUACAAUUUUAUAAAUGCGGACAGAUAAUUUGUUCGUUCGACAUGGUGGGAUCUUUUUGUGUCUGUA